GCGAUGACGCUCCUCAGCACCGUGCUUUGUCGCAGACACUACGUCAUCAGUGUUGGCGGUAUUUUGAAAAAGCAGCGGCUGUUGUUGGCUUCCGUGUUGUGGAGAAUAGACGAGUGAAAUUCACAUACUAUGGCUGCGGGGCUGUCGGAGGCUGCUCAGAGCGAGCUGAUGCUCCGCUGUGAGGAGCAGUUUGCUAAGCUGGAAACGCUUCAGAAUAAGAUUAUGCUGUGUGAACCAGAUUUCUGUGAGAAUCCCCCGGAGCAGGCAGUUAAUCGACUGAUGGCAACAGAAGCUGAACUGAAGCAGUGGCUGACUAUGGAGCCAGAAUUGCUAGCAUCAAAUUCAGAAGUUUUACUUCAAGCUGGAAAAGAGGAGAUGCUCAAGCUGUGCUCUGAACUUGAGAUGGUUGUUUCUUGCCAUGAAGCCAGGAGAGACCAAUUAAGAGAAACUAAAAAAGUUGAACAGAAGUGGUUGGAGGAGAAGAAACAGGCGCUGGACGCUGCCAAUGACCAUGUCAAACGACUUCAAACGGAAAAAGGAAAAUUAUCAGAGCACAGUAUAUUGCAGGACACCAAGGCAAAAAUCCAUAAAAUGAAGGUCUACCAUGAAAGGUUGAUGGAGUCUUUGGGGGAAAUACUGGAGAAGCACGUCCCUCUCCCUCACAAUGAAUCCAACAAGAAAAAGAAGAACAUUACCCAGGAGUUAGAUGAAGACUUGAUUUCACUUAAUGAGAUUCUUGAGGUGCUUAUGAACAAGGUCCUAAAUACACCACACGACCCCUAUGUAACAGUGGACAACACAUUCUGGCCACCAUACGUAGAGAUGCUCUUGCGCUAUGGCAUUGCUGUGAGGCACCGUGAAAAUAACUUCAAAAUCCGUCUGGAAACCUUUUGUUAGGGCACAGAAUUUUAUCCUAUAGUGCCAUACUUAUGUAGAUUAUGUAAACUCAUGUGCAGAUUAACUGCUGGGGUUACAGAUAUAAAGUGUGAACUAUUAAUUUUCCCUACAAGGGUUCACAUGUAUAUUUUUUAUGAUCAGUUGUACAGUUUAUUACAUAGGACAAACUUUGGUUUCGUUCAAAUGUUUUUGAAUUGCUAAUAGAAUUACUUUGAAACCCUGAGGUUAACUGUUGUUUUUUCUCUAAACAUUUUAAUGUUCAAUAAACUUGCAAAA